AUGGUGUUGAACUAUAGUACAGAAGCAGAUAACACAAAGACGGCACGAAGAAAACCAAAAUCUACUAUCCACGUCGAAUCCAAUAACUACCAGAAAAUGAAACUUGCGAAAUUGAAAUUCACCACCUCUUUUCCAAGUAUACUNUCCAUUGAAUCUGAAUUUCUGACUUCCAAAGUUGGAGAACCCACAAAGUGGUCAAGAAAAGUCAUAUCCAACAUGAUUUCCCAUAUUUGUAUCCCAUUCCUAUUGAAGAGAAUUAACUGGGAAGGACAGCAAAUCCACCAGGUCAUGUCAAGGGCAGUGUUAGACGAUGAAGAUGAUAUUGUGGAGUGUUUUCUACAAUUUCUAUGCUGCAUCAGGACUGAUCCGUAUAACGAAGAACGCAAAAUGCUGCCUGUGAAUUUGAAUAUUGAGAAGCACAUAACACUACCGGAGGGAGAAUUCGAGAGGCGUGUUUCUAAGUAUGAUGAGCAGAAAAGUUUGGACGGUGAAUUUGAGAGGAAAUAUAAGGACGCAAUCAGCCAAUCAAGGCCAGAAAUAUUUGGAGGAGUAAUGUUAUUUCAGAGCUAA